UCUGAGCCACUCUGUCUGAAACUUAAAAGAACUGGAUAGCAGAAGACUCUCCUCUCCUCUCCUCUGAAAAGCAGAAGAAUCAACAGAAGAAGGAACAUUCUAAAAGAAGGAACCAAAUGAGGAGGCCAACUGUUGUGGAUCACUUCAACAGAAUCAGUAAAAUUACUUGAAUGAAUCCUGCAAAGGUAUAUAAAUAAAUAAAUCAAAGAUCAAACAAAACUUUAAACGAUAGAAAUUUUCAGUCUGGGAUAUUUUCAAUAAAGGACCCCAUACCUUCUGGAAUACUUUCUGGAAUACUGAUAAUUUCAGGUGGAAAUAUUAGACAACAUCAUGAGAGGCUAUAGGGACCGAGUCACAAACAAUCGCUUCAGCAUGGAUCUGGACUCAGUCUUCCACAGGGUUAUUGACCAGAUGGAUGAGAAGGACUUGCUGGACACAGCCCACGCCAUCUACAAUGAAGUGUUGGCUGCUGCCCCCAACCCUCCUCCUCAUUUUCCUCUGCCUCGGCGUUUUCUGCCACCUCUUUUUCCUCCUCAUCUUCCAGCACACCCUCCUCCUCUGACUUAUGCUCAUGCUGCCCAUGCUGUUGGGUAUGGGUGUGACCCCCACCCUCCACCAGUGAGAGGCUGGAAUGAUGGCUAUGAUGGAUAUGUACCGGAAAAUGUUCCCUUUGGCUUGGGACACUCAUUAAUGGCUGAUCAAAUGCUGACUGUUGAGAGGCCAGCUACAGACAGUUAUUAUGCGGAUGACAUUUCAGAUGACACUGACGCCUGCCAGGGACAGGACGUGCAAUUGAUGACACUCCCUCAGAACCUGGGGCAGAACCUGGGGCAUCAUUUGACACCUACUGAAAAAGUCAGAGGUGAGCCCAUUGUGAUCUCUGAUGAAGAUACUGAAACUGAAGAAACACCAUUUCUUAAAACAAAACCUCCGUCGUCGGAAGAAUUAUUCACAUUGGGACAUGUCAGCGAUGGGGAUAAAAAUCACCCGUAUGUGAAGAAGCCUCCCAAUGCUUUCAUGCUGUACAUGAAGGACCAGAGGGCAAGCAUUGUGGCUCAACUGGACUCCUGUGAUAACGCAUUGGUGAACACAGUUCUUGGGAAGAGAUGGAGGUCGCUGUCGGACAGCGAACAAGCCAGGUACCAUGACAUGGCUGAAAAUCUAAAGAAGCUCCACGCUGAGAAAUACCCGUGGUGGUCAUCACGUCAGAACUAUGGCAAAAAGAGGAAACGGAUUAGGAGGAGGAACUAUCCCAUCCGGUCUAAUGAGCCCCCCAGUCCACCAUUCAUUGAUCGUUCUUACUCGCCAUCUACCUCCCAGACAAAAUAAUUUCUUUACCUGCAACUGCUGGAGUCAGUCCCACCUACCUCCAGGUUAAAGA